AUGCGCUCCCUUUGUCUUCUCCAAACAGCGAUCCUCCACAUCUCUGCCACCAUCACCUCCAUCUCCGCCGCCACCAUCCCCCACCCCACUCCCCACCUCGCCCCCCUCAACAACGCCACCGCACCUCCCACCCUCGCCGUCUGGCCAACCCUCCCCUGGUGGACCAAACUCCGCAACCGCAACCUCGACCCGCCCGACAUCGUCUCCGUCGCCGACCACGCCGCGACCCCGCAGCAGACGUACAUCCUGCAGGAACUCGUCCUCCUGCCGCUCGCGCGGCGGAUCCACGGGGGCGCGGGGCCGGCGAAUGGCUCGGAGGCGAUCAGUGAGGGCGGUGUGGGGGCGGUGUUCGUGCCGGUGCGGGGGAGGGCGCCGGGGAGGGAGGUGGCGGCGACGGCGGUGGCGGCGCUCGCGAUGGCGGAGUGGUCGUUUGGGGCUAGGGGUUUGAGGGCGGGGGUGAGGGUUGGGGAGGUGAGGGUUGCGGGGUUGGAGGUUUGGGUUGGUGGGGAGGUGGGGAGGGGGGUGUAG